UUAGCAUUGGAAUGGACUAUCCCUUCAAAUGCUGCCAUCUGCACACAGCUCAUCAUAAUAGUCUACUCUGGUGGACUGAUGAUGUUGUCUGGCAUUGCAUAUUUAAUCCCAAACGGGAGGAUCCUGCAGCUGGUCCUCUGCUGUCCUGUUCUCCUUCUCCUCUUCUUAUUCUUAUACUGGUUUCUUCCAGAGUCAGCUCGCUGGCUCAUGACCCAGGGCAGGAAGGAGGAGGCACAAAAGGAGCUCGAGAGGGCAGCCAAGGUGAACGGGAGGCAGGUACCAGAUGAUCUGAUGGACAAGGUGGAUAUCAAAGUUACAUUCAUACAGAGAAACAUGUUGGACAUCUUCUGAAUACCAUACUUGAGAAAACAAACCAUGAUAACGGGCUUAUCCUGGUUUGCAGUUAGUCUUCUGUACUAUGGACUGAGCCUGAAUGUUGGUGGAUUUGGCCUGAAUAUCUACCUCACACAGUUAAUUUUUGGUCUUGUGGAAAUUCCUGCCGACCUGGGUGCUUUGGCAUUAAUCCAGCACUUUGGAAGGAGGAUGUGUUACGCAUGCUUCCUAUGUUUUGGAGGUGCUUCUUGCCUCCUGAUCCUUGCUAUCCCAAAAGAUCUUCCUGUGGUCAUAACAAUCACAGCCGUUCUGGGGAAAAUGGCUGCCACUACUUCAUUCAGCACAGCCUAUGUUUACAUACCCGAAUUAUACCCAACCAUUUUAAGGCAGAAUGGUGUAGGUCUUAACUCCAUGUGUGCUCGUGUGGCAGACAUACUCGCUCCACUCAUUAGACUUCUGGAAGUCUACCGUCACACUAUCCCCAUGCUGAUAUACGGCAUUGUUCCCAUUGUUGCUGGGGGGUUCUGUUUGCUUUUGCCUGAAACUCUCAACGUCCAACUUCAGGAUCAUGCAGAGCCCGAAAAACAAGUCACCGGACCCUCAGAGGACCACCUCGGACAAAUUCUAGCAGAGCACAAGCUUUAAUUGUUACUGUAAACAUAUCCAGAAGUGCAGUUUCUGAUUGUUUUAUUGUACUAUCAAGUGUUCAAGCUGUCAACUACAGAUUUCAGAUCUUUCCUGGGUUUUGGAAGCGGAAACCAGGAAACUAGUAAAUUAACGGGCCAGUUUUCUCUCCUUUCAAUUAUCACAAUUCAUUUACUAACUGAAGGUUUAUUAGAAAAUUAGUUAAUCAACAUAAGCUCCUAUCAAUUUCAAACGUUUUGUCAAUUGUUGUAAAUAAAUAAGCCAAUAU